GUAUAGCAAGAAAUCAUCUUAUGAUCCUAUUGAUUAUGAAUAUAUUGAUCAAAUUGAAUUUUGGGUCAUUGAGAAAGAAAUGCAUGGUGAGCUUGAUAUAGAUGAACUUAAAAAUGUUUCAUAUCAUUCCAUUGGAUUUGCAAUUGUUGAAUCAUCACAAAAUAAUAAAGUGUACAUUGAAGCUGGACGGUGA